ACGUGUUCAGCUCAACUCUGAAGCCCGUCCCAUCCCCUGCAUAUCCAUACCAGUUCAAAGGAGGAGGCGUGGAUAGGACUUUUGUUACCUGCAUUAGAGUACCUGCAGCUACAUGGAAAGAAUUUAAGAUGUCGUCAAGGGAGAGGAACUGCAACCGAAGUGUCACGGCUUCAAUACAGACGAGAUUCUAUUGAAAAAGAGGACAUUGCACCGGGUGUAAAUGUACCUGGCGCUAGCAAGAACAAGUGAGAAUACAUAACUUGCCCUACUUUGAUACAAAGGACGAAAUAUAAGAACGCUUCACUCGAGAACUCAUCUUUCUCCUCGAACCCUCUCUCUCACUCUCAUAAGUGUUUCGUUUUUUAACACGCACGUUUUGGAUCAACAUCACUCUGCGACUCUCACCUGUGACGCGUUGACAAUGGAUUUCAGACGGCUAAAUAUUUCAAAGGUGUUUAGAUUUUACAUUUUGGAAAACAGAAGUUACAGGCCUAUCUGCAUCUGGAAAGGUUAGGUAUUGUGGUGUUGCCAAUGUGAACGUAAGCGUGACCAUUUCAUUCUAGUGAAUGGCCAGUCCCAGAAGCGGUUAUGAUCAUGCACAGACCCCUCCGAAGGUGGAGUUUUUACGUCUUCUUGUGUUUUGGCAUCAUCUACUUAAGGCUUGGGGCCCUGUCUUCCGUGGUGGCAUUGGGUGCCAACAUCAUCUGCAACAAGAUCCCUGGGCUGGCCCCUCGCCAGAGGGCCAUCUGCCAGAGCCGCCCGGAUGCCAUCAUCGUGGUGGGGGAGGGCGCCCAGCUGGGCAUCAAUGAGUGUCAGUACCAGUUCCGCUAUGGCCGCUGGAAUUGCUCCGCCCUGGGGGAGAGGACUGUCUUCGGACAGGAGCUGCGAGUAGGUAGCCGGGAAGCUGCGUUCACGUACGCCAUCACGGCCGCCGGCGUAGCCCAUGCCAUCACUGCGGCGUGUAGCCAGGGAAACCUGAGCCAGUGUGGCUGUGACCGGGAGAAGCAGGGUUACUAUAACCAGGAAGAGGGCUGGAAGUGGGGAGGCUGUUCGGCAGACAUCAAGUACGGCGUUGAGUUCUCCAGGAGGUUCGUGGAUGCCCGCGAGAUCAAGAAGACCACGCGCCGGCUGAUGAACCUCCACAACAAUGAGGCAGGGAGAAAGGUCCUGGAGGAGCGGAUGAAGUUGGAGUGUAAGUGUCAUGGCGUGUCAGGCUCCUGCACCACCAAAACCUGCUGGACGACCCUGCCCAAGUUCCGAGAGAUCGGCUAUGUCCUGAAAGACAAGUACAACCAGGCGGUCCACGUGGAGGUGGUCCGGGCCAGCCGACUACGCCAGCCCACCUUCCUCAAGGUGAAGAAGACCCAGGGCUACCGCAAGCCCAUGGAGACCGAUCUCGUCUACAUCGAGAGGUCGCCCAACUACUGCGAGGAGGACGCAGCCACGGGGAGCGUUGGCACCCAGGGGAGGCUGUGUAACCGCACCUCGCCACACACGGACGGCUGCGACCUCAUGUGCUGUGGCCGGGGCUACAACACGCACCAGUACACCAAAGUGUGGCAGUGCAACUGUAAGUUCCAGUGGUGCUGCUUCGUCAAGUGCAACACAUGCAGCGAGAGGACGGAGGUGUUUACCUGCAAAUAAAGGGGCAUGACAUAACGGACCUACAGUACGGUACUAUAAUUGGGAGGGGCGUGGCAGGACUAGCUGGAUGACAAGGAAGACCCCCAGAGAAAAGAUAAAAGGACAUGUCUUGGAAUAGUGAGAGAUUUAAAAAUAAAAAGGAAUGGAAUGUUCAAUAUCAGCUCUUCAUGGCAUCGUUUUGCACAGCAGAAUAUAUAGGAGCUUUUUAAAAGAAAAGUGAGGGCUAAAUAUCAAUAGGUAAUAAUACUCAAAUCUUUGACUGACUGAGACAGAAUAAUGUGUGAUCACGUACUGAUGUAAAAGUUAGGACUACAGGAAGCAAAUGGUGCCUGGAUGGGAACUGUGCAUUGCACUCUGGAAUUUGUUGUUAUUUUUUUCACAGAAUGGAUUCUUCAUGGAACAGAAAGACAGACUCUGGAGAUGUGGUAGAAAAGGACAGUAACUGUUAAGGGAUGAGACUGUCCUGAGACUCUAAAAGUCUUUCAGUGAGAACUUUGAGUUUUACUUUCUUUUUCCACAGAGGGAGAGCUCAGAGGUGAAUAUUUGAGCCCCCAAACUGGAGGUGUAUCUUUUUGGAGCUGUGUAGACAUGAAGAACGCUGUGUAAGUGUGGUGCCUUGGGGCACAUUGAAAGUGGAGAAGUCUCUAUAGUAAGCCCUCUGCUGCCAACUGGAAUACGGUGGAGUAUGUUAGUUUUCCAGUCACACUGGAACUGUCUGUUUGAACACUGAAAAUAAAUUGUUUAUUUAUGUUAUAGUAUCUUAAAACAAAGCACUAACGGGUAGAAAUGUAUUUUUAUGUACUAAGUGUAAAAAUUACUUUUUAGAAAACUCUGACUGAAGAUAAUGCGUGUCUUUUAGAAUAUGGCCCCAUCCCACUAUCAAUCCCCCUUUUUCUAAAAUGGUUUCAUUGCUACUGGUGUGUUGACUACAUAAAACAUCAACAAUACAGGGUAUUUCACAUCACAAUCAAUCACAUUGGUUAUAUUUUGCUGUAGCAUAGCUUUUGUUUGCAGUCAUUUAUGCAGCAGACGUUAGGCCUACAUCCUGUCUGGGUUAUUUAGCAUAGACAGUCGCAAGAGAACUAAUCUCUUAACCGCAAAGAUCCUUCCUCAAUUAUUUAAACAUGAUAUUGCUGGAUGUAUUGUAGAGUGGUACACUGAUAUUAGUUUCUAUUCAGAAACGACCAAAAUUAAAAAGAAAUAAUCUCCCAUUUGACUGCUUUUUGAAAUUUAUUGCAAAGAAAAACAAGACUGAGAAUCAAAGAAAAACAAGACUGAUAGUCAGUGAGUGAAGUCUGCUGGUCGUGAGAGGAAAUGUUAGGUUUUAGCCAACAGUUUCGGUAAUUCACUGCAUCCAAAGCUGUGUUGGCAUUCUCAUCUCUAUUCAUUGGUUGUGGUUAUACUAUACCAAGUGUCAGGCUAUGUAGAGUUUCAUUGACAUAAACCAUCAGUAUACACCACUGAUCAAAAACAGUCAUUAUUUUCAGCAUCUUUUCAUCAUGCUUAAAGCUAGAAUACUUAGUUGCAACAUCCAUUUUUGGACUUAUAAACUAAUGGUAUAUACCCAUUGAUUUUUGAAGAAUAUAACUUGUAAAUGCCUCAUGAGCUUAGUUCAACUGUCUCAUCCUAUCAGAACCCCAAAUAUAAGCCUGUUUACUCCAAUGUUUGUAAACAACAUAACCAAACACUGUAUAGCCUUAAAACAUGAUUGAAACUAUAAUUUUGAUAUCAGGGAUGGUCAGUCAUUGCAUCCAUAGCUCUGUCUAUGAAUUUGAGAGUGGUUACAUUUCUCCAGGCCCAUCCCUCAACUUUUUCCCAAAACAGAGGCGGGUGACCACUUUGGUAUAGUUUCAACAGUCGAUUCUAGCUUUAACCUUCAUAUGUUGAUAAGCGAAUAUUUGCUUUCUGCUUAUUUGAGAUUAUGAUGACCCAAGGUUUACCUGUCAGAUGGGCCAGUUUCUUUCUUGGCUCAUUUUCUUGGUUUUCAUAAGAUAGACAGAUCUGUCAUCAUAGGUUUUGCAUAUUGAAUAAUAUUCACUCAAUUUAGGUGAAGGUGCUGUUUUAUGGUGGUGAUGAUGUAAAUCUAGUCCUUAAUAGUUUUCAACUAUGCUAUCAAUGUAAGUGCUACUCCAAUGCAAUACUAGUGUAAUUAACUGGAUAGUCUGCUGACUAAAGCUAACUAUUUAAUGUCAUCUAGAGCUGUAGCUGAGGAACGCUCAACUCUGUUCUCUUAUCCGCUUAUAUCCGUCUCGAUAUAAGAGAACGGAGUUGAGUGUUCCUCAGCUACUAGAGGUGCAGGUGUAUAAAAUGAAUAUGCGUUCUAAUUUUGAUUAAUACCACCGCAGGCCUGUUGCUAUUUCUAGAUACAGUAUGAACUCAGCAACAAGGGGACAAAAGUGUGAAAAUGAUCCAAACCAUCUCUCAGACAGUUUCUCAUAAUAUUACUAAUACACAUUUAGCGACACCAAAACAAACAAUAUGAAAAACUCAUCCUGAAUCAGUUAUUUCCAACCUCUUUGGCAGAAGACCAUACAGUUGAAGUCGGAAGUUUACAUACACUUAGGUUGGAGUCAUUAAAACUCGUUUUUCAACCACGUCACACAUUUCUUGUUAACAAACUAUAGUUUUGGCAAGUCGGUUAGGACAUCUACUUUGUGCAUGACACAAGUAAUUUUUCCAACAAUUGUUUACAAACAGAUUAUUUCACUUAUAAUUAAUUGUAUCGCAAUGCCAGUGGGUUAGAAGAUUACAUACACUAAGUUGACUAUGUCUUUAAACAGCUUGGAAAAUUCCAGAAAAUUAUGUCAUGGCUUUAGAAUCUUCUGAUCGGCUAAUUUACAUAAUUUGAGUCAAUUGGAGGUGUACCUGUGGAUGUAUUUCAAGUCCCACCUUCAAACUCAGUGCCUCUUUGCUUGACAUCAUGGGAAAAUCAAAAGAAAUCAGCCAAGACCUCAGAAAAAAAUUGUAGAUAUCCACAAGUCUGGUUCAUCCUUGGGAGCAAUUUCCAAACACCACGUUCAUCGGUACAAACAAUAGUACGCAAGUAUAAACACCAUGGGACCAUGCAGCCAUAAUACUGCUCAGGAAGGAGACGCGUUUUGUCUCCUAGAGAUGAACGCACUCUGGUGCGAAAAGUGCAAAUUAAUCCCAGAACAACAGCAAAGGACCUUGUAAAGAUGCUGGAGGAAACAGGUACAAAGGUAUCUAUAUCCACAGUAAAACCGAGUCCUAUAUCAACAGUCCUAUAUUGCCGCUCAGCAAGGAAGAAGCCACUGCUCCAAAACCGCCAUAAAAAAGCCAGACAAAGGUUUGCAACUGCACAUGGGGACAAAGAUUGUACCUUUUGGAGAAAUGUCCUCUGGUCUGAUGAAACAAAAAUAGAACUGUUUGGCCAUAAUGACCAUCAUUAUGUUUGGAGGAAAAAGGCGGAAACUUGCAAGCUUAAGAACACCAUCCCAACCGUGAAGCACAGGGGUGGCAGCAUCAUGUUGUGGGGGUGCUUUGUGGCAGGAGGGACUGGUGCACUUCACAAAAUAGAUGGCAUCAUGAGGGAGGAAAAUUAUGUGGAUAUAUUGAAGCAACAUCUCAAGACAUCAGUCAGGAAGUUAAAGCUUGGUCGCAAAUGGAUCUUCCAAAUGUACAAUGACCGCAAUCAUACUUCCAAAGUUGUGCCAUAUUGGCUUAAGGACAACAAAGUCAAGGUACUGGAGUGGCCAUCACAAAGCCCUGACCUCAAUCCCAUAGAGAAUUUGUGGGCAGAACUGAAAAGGCGUGUGCGAGCAAGGAGGCCUACAAACCUGACUCAGUUACACCAGCUCUGUCAGGAGGAAUGGGCCAAAAUUUACCCAACUUAUUGUGGGAAGCUUGUGGAAGGCUACCCAAAACGUUUGACCCAAGUUAAACAAUUUAAAGGCAAUGCUACCAAAUACUAACUGAGUAUAUGUAAACUUAUGACCCACCGAGAAUGUGAUGAAAGAAACAAAAGCUGAAAUAAAUCAUACUCUCUACUAUUAUUCUGACAUUUAACAUUCUUAAAAUAAAGUGGUUAUCCUAACUGACCUCAGACAGGACAUUUUUACUAGGAUUAAAUGUCAGGAAUUGUGAAAAAUUGAGUUUAAAUAUAUUUGGCUAAGGUGUAUGUAAACUUCCGACUUCAACUGAAUAUUGUUUGGGCCAAGUGCGUGUUAAUCCACAUAAUGUUAUAAGUCGGUGCUCAUCUCAGUUGCCCAUGUCAACUGUUCCACCAAAUACCCAAAGCCCUUGUUUGGGCUCUGACUCCCUGAAAUGGAACACAUGCUUUAUAUGUCUGGCCAUUGUAUGUAGAGGUUUGAGUUGCCAACAUUUAUAUAAAACAUACCCCUUAUUCAGAACUUCCAACCACCCUUAAUAUGGCGAUUGGCGAUAUGAAGGAAGCAUAAAUCAUUAAAUAUUGUAAAUACAUUAUUUUGUACACAGCACAUGUUCAUAGUAAUCUGUGCUUUGUUUGUCUUCGUUAUGGCACGCAGGGAAAAAAAGUGAAUUAUCUCUCGAAGCCCAUCUCCGAGUCAGACAGUCACAUGCGAGUCUGAGAGAGACUGAUGAGGGGAGGAUAAUAGUAAUAAUAAUAGUAAUAAUAAUAAUGUCUGGAAUGGAGUGAUCGGUAUCAAACACAUGGUAAAAAAUGUGUUUGAUACCAUUUAAUUCUUCCCUUUCCAGCCAUUACAAUGAGCCUGUCCUCCCAAAUUAUGCUUCCACCAGCCACAUGUGGUCUUGGGGCUUUGUGAAGGCUCAUUGGGAGUUCUUAUGUUGGGUAAUUAGAGUUGUCUGGCUUGGAUUGUCAGAGCUGCCUCUGAAGAUAAACCUUCUCACUCUAUCAUCUGAUUAACUGGUCUAACUCAGUCACCAUGCAUUGCCCAGGUUCCUGACUGCGGUGCGUCAAUAUAUCACCAUUUGAUAUGAGAUAACUUAUUGACGUCAAUAAGUUAUCUCUCAAGUGUUACGACCUCCUUUAUAUGUUGAUAGAGUACCAGUACAGUGAUUAUCUUAGCUCUCUGGACCCUCUCCAUACGCUCUGUGUUGGCAGCAUUGGCAUCCAGUGUCACUGGGGAAGUGGAGCUCCAUGCAAAUGACCUGUGCUGAAUAGGCAGUGCCUCAGUUUGCCUCUUGUUUCUGGACACAAACGAGAGUGUCGUUCUUUUGAGUGUGUUUUCUAGAUGGAUGGGAUGGCUGGAUGGAACAAGGAUGUGCAUGUGCAGCCGGAAACAGCAAGUGAAAAGAAUGGUUAGGAGAGAGAGGGGCUGGUGAAAAUGGGUUGGGAGAAGGAGAGAACGUGUGGGGAUACUGUUAAGGGAGUACAACUGUAGGAUUAACCUAUCAGUUCUGUGUGGCGGAGAGCAAAUGAUGUGAAUCACAAAUGUUUGAUUUGUGUUGCUGUCUUUUCCUCAACCGGGAUAAUGUGUUCUCUAAUGGUCAAUAUUCAAUAAGUUAAAUAAAGGUUAAAUAAAUUAAAAAAAUUCAAAUCCAAUUAAGAUCAGAUCAAAAAGUAAGAAUAAACCCAUAGCCUACUCAUCUUUGAACCAAUUCAUGUGUUGGUUAGUUCCCUUGUUCGUUGUGGAUGGUUAAAUCAACUUUUCUAUGGAUUCUCAUAUGGACUCUGAAAGUCAGUGAGCAAGACUUGGGUUUGUUUAUGUAGCCACAGCUUCAAAUUAGCAUUGUAGGAGCUAAGAAGUUCAUGUCAUUUGCUAGAUAGGUUUCUCAACUUAGUCGAUACGAGGGAACAGUCGGUGGUUGUAUUUUAUUAACGUUUUAUUAAAAAGUAUGGGAUUCCAGCAAAAAAAGAAAUGUGUGCAGCUACAGGGGACAAACAUAGGUACACGGUAAGGGUUUAAGAAUUUACAGAGACUCAAUGCUGUUGGAGGUACACGCACAGUCAUCUGCGCUCAACUCCAUAGAUGUGAUGUAGAUUGUGGAGUUGAGAAAAAUGUGCCUAGUCAUUUCCUAGUGAAGGACUAAUUUGGGUGAAUGUUGCCUUUAAAAUUGAAAACUUGGUAUUUUAGCAUUGACAAUAUGAUUGAUAUAACAAAUUAGUUAUCCCUGAAAAAUAAAGAAAAAUAAAAUAAACAUGAAAUUCACUUGGGCCAGCAUGUAUUUAAUAAAAUUCAGAUAUGAAGAUAUUACCAGAUAAUUUAGACAACAAAAUAUUGUUUAAUUUCUAUUUAAAUCCAAUUUUUUUUUUUUUUAAUCAAUGGUGUCAACAUUGCUAUUUUUAUACAUGACUAUGAGUCAAAAUCAACAUUUCCAUGGGUAUUAUUGUUGAGUUUUAUGGUAUAUUUGACAUGUGAUAUAUAUAUAUCUACAGCUUUGAAACAGACAAGUGUCUGUGUAUAUUUGUAAAGAUGAUGGGUGAAUUGGUAUAAAAACCACAAUAUUAAUGCAUAAUUACAUUACUAGGUAAUAUUUUGACCGUUGUACAAAAAGAGCUUUCAAAAUUACAGCUAUUGAAAACAAAUCUCGUAAAUUAUGUUUUUUUAUUAUGUGAAAAGUGUAAAUGGUUGCUGUGUGUUAAACUUGGACAACAUUUAGAAUCCAGAUCUUAAUGUAAAGUGGCGCUACAUAACUGUGAAAAGGGCCAUGCUACUUUAUUAAUUUAGUGGGGGCUCCCACUCCUUUAUGUGAAAAGCAUUACAGCCGGGCACCAGAGCAGAAGUAAGAUGUGUUUUGUUAGUUGUCUGAAACCCUGGGGACCGGAACCACAUAAGCUCCCCAUACUAUACCCUGGAUUGAGAAAAAUAAAUCCAUUUGUGUCUGACAAACAUUUUGUCAUUAAAAAAUAUGAGAUAGAAAAACAGA